AUGUCUUCUCCCACAAAACGUUCGAUUCAAUUACAAACAAAUCUUUGCAAUGCAUCAGGAUGUCAUCUACCAAGUGAAGUCAUCUGUCGUCAUUGUCAUGAACACUAUUGUUACAUGUGCUUCAUGUGCCAUCGAAAAUCCCUCUUAGAUGAUAUGCAAACCAUCUCGGAACAAAUGUCUUUGAACCGUCGACAAGGUAUUCUAGAGGUUGUUUCAUUCAUCAAUAAACAAGCCAAAGAUGCACAUGACCAAGCGAAAAAACUGAUCGACGAUGUUAUCGAUCGCAUCUUGAAAGCCAGUCAAAACAUCAAUACAUACAUUGAAAAUCGUCGAUUAGCUAAACUCAGCCGUUUAGAAGAAUGUUUAGCCAAGUUUGAUAAAGAUGCCGAAAUGCUCAAUUCCAAAUUAAGUCGACAAAUCUUCUUACCAGCUAGUCAAACGUUAGAAUUGCGUCGCAAAUAUGCUUAUAACAUGUUCGAUAGAUCCCCAUUAACAACAACAACAAAAUCGAAAUGUGAUGAUCAUCAACAUAAAAAUGAAGAGUUCUUCAAAGAUUAUCGCUACUAUGAUGAAUUAAUAAAUCUCCGACAAAAAUGGACUUUCCUACAAGGAGCUUUAACAACUGUCUAUUUUCCUGGAAGAAAAGAUUUUUCAUUAGAUAAAAUUAUUACAUUUCUCGAAUACCGUCACGAUCGCGUCUUGGAAAACUAUCGCGAACAUUUAAUAACGAAUGAGGAACAUCAAAGUGAAAUUCCAUCGAAAUCAAUCGAAGAAUUGCUAAACGAAUUAAGUUUUCUCUCACAACAAGCAACACUGCCCGAAGAAAGCCUUACUACCGAUUCAACCAAAUCUGAUAGCGGCCAUGGUGAUGAUGAUGAGACCGAUUCGAACUCAAGUCAUGAAUGGCAAAUUGAAGAUGGCAACGAUUCUUUGAAAUGUCUCGAAACUUUACUUAUCGAUGAUUUUCAAACCGUUCUUCUUGAACAACAAUCGCAAACACAACCAUGUUAA